AUGGAUACUUCGCGCUCCUCGGGAGGCAAUGUCGCUGCUGAGGAGAAACCAAAAGCCCCGUCGCAGAGUCGGGUGCGACGGCGAAAUCGCAUGAUCACCUCCUGUCUGGAAUGCCGUCGGCGCAAGCUCAAAUGUGACAAGCUUCAUCCAUGUACCAAUUGCAGCAAGUUCUCCCGGGACUGUCUCUUCCUGGCCCCGGCUCUGGAUUCAGUCUCACAACAACGCCUCAACGAAAUCAAGGAAAAAAUGGGCUCCCUAGAAAGAGUCCUUGAGCAAGACGUUGCACGCAAGGAAGGGAAGAAUAUGGCCCGUUCUAACCAGCAAGCGCAACGUCGAACAUCAGCCGACCUUCCGGGGGGUGAAGAGAGCACCUCCGACGACGAAGCCGCCGUGCCCGAAGACGAGAAGGGACUGGAGCCGACGCCGUUGGCCGUCAUCGACGCUUCCUACGAAGACGAUGCCAAUGAUGAUGUUCUAGACCUGGGGAUUAAGGUCGGGAAAAUGCGGCUGACUGAACGACUGGGGGGAUUUUUCCGCCCGGCAUUGAAUGAGGAGCUAGGGCACACUCUCAACGAUCCUGCAGCGGACCGGCGGACUCCUGACGAAAAGCUCUCGGCUAUUCCACAACUUCCGGACGAUACUGGUGAUUUUUUGGCUCCGGGACCAUCUUAUAUCGCCCCUGGAUCGGGAUUUAUAUUUGGAGACGUUGGCAACAAGAGAUCUCUGAUCAACUUCUUGCCGGCCAAAGGGGCGGCAGAUGUCUUGGUCCGUAAUUAUUUUCAGAAUGUCCACUUCAUCGCCCGGGUUGUGCAUUGGCCCAGUUUCCAAUUGCACUACGAUAAUUUCUGGACCUCGGUCCUGGCCGGACUCGAGCCGCCGGCGUGGCAACAGUCCGUCGUGCUUUCAGUUCUCUUCGCGGCUGUCGCCAGUAUGUCAGAGGAAGAGGUGACGGCCGUCUUCGCCCGACCGAAGAAUACGGUCCUCGGCAAUUUCCAGACAGGAACUGAAGUGGCUCUGAGCAAGGCACAGUUCCUUCGAGCGACGAAACUUGAGACAUUACAGGCCCUGGUUAUCUAUCUUAUCCCCAUGUGUCGGGACCAGCUCUCGCGCGCCCACUCGGUGAUCGUCGGCAUGGCAGUCCGCCUGGCGGAAUGCAUGGGUCUCCAUCGUGACCCUCAAGACGUCUACGGCUUGUCUGCGGUGGAGUGUCACGUUCGGCGUAUUGUGUGGUUUCAGCUCUGUUUUCUGGACUUCCGUACUUGUGAAUCUCAAGGCCCCCGGCCGGGAAUCAAGCGAGAGGACUACGACACAAAGUUCCCUCUUAACAUCCAUGACGCUGACCUCUUGCGCGUGAAACCCCAAGAGUCUAAGACGAAAUGGACCGACAUGACCGCGUCACGGAUUCGAUUCGAGUGUACCGAGAUGCAACGUGUCGUGUGGCAAGAUAGAAUCCGGAUCGAAAAGAAAAAGAUCUCCUUGACCCAUGUUCUGGGCAAGAUUGAAGGGUUUCGCAAAGCCAUGGAGGCCAAAUAUGCCCCCGUACUGGAUCUCGAGGUUCCCAUUCAAAAAUACGCUCAUUUGGUCAUGACUCUCAUGAUCCAGCGAAUGUAUGUCAUGGUCCUGCAUCGAUACCUGAACAACGCCAGCAACCGCGUGCCUGAGAGACUCCGUCAACUCACGGUCCAUAGCGGAGUUCAGUCGAUGGAGAGCGCCGUUGCCAUAGAGCGAAUGCCCGAACUAAGCCAAUGGAGAUGGUACAGCGGAGCCUAUCAACAAUGGCAUAUAGCAUUUCUGCUGCUCACGGUCAUCUACGCAAGCCCGACGCUGCGAGAGGCCGAUCGAAUUUGGAAUAUUGUGGAUUUCGUGUUUGAACCGGAUCUGUCGCUGUCGCGAACACAAAAAGCCCGAGCGAUCAUUGCCGCCAUCAGAGAUCGCACAACAGUAUACCGAGAACUUCGCCGGAUACGAAUUCCGGUCAGUAUGAAGGACGGGCUAGAUCCGCAGCGCAAACAGUCUGAGGAUAACACCAAGGAUGGGAAUCCAGGAGACGCCCACAGCGCAGGCCACACUCCAGAGACCGCGAUCUCAUCACGGGUGAACGAGGGAGCAUCGCAACCAUCGUAUGCCCUCGAUCAGUCGUGGAGCUUCGACAUGCCAGCGACGUUAUACGUGGAGAGAAAGUACAUGCCAGGAGGCGAUUCCUUUGCGUACACUCAACUUGGGCCGCCGCAACAAUCCCAAUCACAAUCACAGCCACCCUCGCAGCCGCAACAGACUCCCCCUCGGACCGAUGUGAAUCAAGCCUCACCUGGCCAGCCAACGGAUCUCCAUAGUCCCAGUGAUUCUGGAACGAAUGAAUCGUGGCCUCCCUUGAUCACCCCGGACCAGGUAAGCUGGCACACGGCAUUGAGCGCUGGAACGGACUCGUCACCGCCUGCUCCCGUGGCAGCGGUGAAGCCGAUUCCGGGAGUACCCCAUCGACCCGUUUCCGGAGGUAGCAGUCCCUUUGGGAUCGGAUCAGGAUUCCCAAGCGAUCAGGUCAAUAUUCCCCAGUUGCCAAAUGCCAAUGCGCGGGGAGAUUCGGUGAUGUUAGACAUUGACUGGGCUGAAUGGGACCGGCUCUUCCCCCCUGAAAGCAACCCGGCGGACUUUGGCAUGGGGCGGCGAAUGUAG